AUGUGUGUAUUAUCUAUACGUUUCGCGAAGAUAAUUCAUUUAAAUCUAUCUAUCUAUCUAUCUAUCUAUCUAUCUAUCUAUCUAUUUCAGUGUGUUGGUAUCCAUCAUUACACCCAGUUCCUAUCUAUCUAUCUAUCUAUCUAUCUCAUUUUGCUUAUCUCUACCUAUAAUCUGUCUCAGUUUGAUCUAUCUAUCUAUCUAUCUAUCUAUCUAUCUAUCUAUCUAUCUAUCUAUCUAUCUAUCUAUCUAUUUCAGUGUGUUGGUAACCAUCAUUACACCCAGUUCCUAUCUAUCUAUCUAUCUAUCUAUCUAUCUAUCUAUCUAUCUAUCUAUUUCAGUGUGUUGGUAACCAUCAUUACACCCAGUUCCUAUCUAUCUAUCUAUCUAUCUAUCUAUCUAUCUAUCUAUCUAUCUAUCUAUCUAUCGAUCGAUCGAUCGAUCUAUCUAUAUAUCUAUCUCAAUUGUGCCUAUCUAUCUAUCUAUCUAUCUAUCUAUCUAUCUAUCUAUCUAUCUAUAGAUCUAUCUAUCGAUCUAACUAUAUAUCUCAGUCUUUCUUUCAUUAUCUAUCUAUCUAUCUAUUUCAAUCUUUUAAUUUUUUUUUUUUAUUCUUUCAUUCUUUCCAAACAUCCAUUCUCCUUCUUCAAUCUCUUUCAUUCAUCCAUUGUGUUUCGUUCUUAG